AUGUCAAAAAGAUAUCGGCAACUGCUUCCUGUUCCUCAAUCCGAAAGUUCCUCCAGUUCUCAACCCUCUGGGUCCUCUACAACCCCGCGAUCAUCUAGCGACGAGCCCCUCAAGCGACAGCGAAUCAGUACACAAUUAGCAUGUAAUUCGUGUCGCAAGAGAAAGAUUCGCUGCGAUGGGAAAAAGCCUGUGUGCGAGGCCUGUCGUCGGCGAGGCGAAAAGGAACCAUGCAUCUACACCGAGACCAAGAGCCCGACUCAGACGAGCAAGGAAACCGAGCAGAUUCUGGAAUUGUUCGAGAUCAUGAAGACGGGGCCUGAAGCACAAGCCAUUGAUAUUUUACGAGUUUUGCGAAGCCACACCAACCUCGACACGGCUCUAUCUAUAAUCCAACCUCGAAUAGCACAGCAUAUUCAUGCUCAUGCACGUGGUCGUGCUCCCGAACAUACGCGAUAUUUGGGCCUCGAGUCUGAGCUCAUGGCGAGGCAUUCUCUUGCUUUCCCGCCAAUUCAGCCCCUCGAAUCGAGCAUUUUAAAGAAAAUCUUCAACGCGGGUCAGAAAGCAGCCGCAGAUAGCGAAAACGACGACACCCCAAUGGCAAACGAGGAACCCAAUCCAUUCCCAGCGCAUAAUCCCACACAGUCUGAAGCCCACGAUUUGAGUCUCUGCGACGAGCGACUCAAGAAACUCAACAUUGAAUUUUGGACUUCUGUGCCCAUUCCCUCCGACUUAGCUGCAAAGAUCAUCUCAUUAUAUCUGGAGACGGAUCACCCUCUUCUAGGUUCUUUUGAUCCAGAUCUGUUCUUGGCUGACCUGGUUGACUGCCGGAACAACUAUUGCAGCGAGAUACUAGUCAGUGCAGUCAUGUACUGGGGUUGCCAAAUGUAUAGUGGUGUCGAUUCCAUAGCGCAGAAGUACAUAACGCAGUUCUCAACACAGCUACUAGGUCUGGGGUACCUAGGCAAUGGGAAGGAUCAUUAUGUUUUGACGUAUGUGUCCGAAGUAAACUCCAUGGGCACUCGCCUAGGUCUUUUCGGUGUCGAGCCCAGUGUUGCCGUUGAAAGGGCAAGGAAGGUCGGCCCAGAAAUGCAAAGUGCAACGUCUUACGCAGCUUGGGGUACUUUCAACUGGAUAGUACUCAUGGCUCUGUUCUACCAACAACCCGGACUCUCAUACCCCGAACAUCCCCCCGCGGUGCCAAUACCGGGGCAUACAUGGCACCACUCACCCGAAGGCAGUCCAGAGUCUACUCGUCAAACUUUACAACAAACAUAUAUGGGAGACACAUUUCCAGUCCUCUGUCGAUUCUGGCGUAUCAUGCAUGAGGUGACCCUCAAGUACUACCGUGACCAGCCAUAUCCACGCGAGGGUCUCAGCAGCCACAUCACACUCGCCUUUGCCGAAUACAAGUAUCGUGAGCUAAUAGCCUGGGCAGAAACCCUGCCCCCAUCUAUGGUUCGAUCCGAGCAGAGCCCGCAUCAUGUUUUAGUCUUUCAACGAAGCUCACCAGACGCUGCUUACAAGGCAUCUGUGAAUCAGUUGAAGCGCCUCGUAGUGGUCUAUCGAGAAAACUACUCAUGCUCCUCUUAUACAAUGCUGUGGCAUACCGCUCUGAUUCAUGUUGCGAACGCUAUCCUCGGAGGCACAAGAGAUCCUUCUUGGCGCUUCUACUUAUUCUUUUGCGUCCAAACAUAUGGGGAGCUACGGCGGUCAUUCCGGUUUGCGGAGACUAGUGGCCGAAGUAUUCUUUCUAUGACCCUGCAGCAAGGCGAUAUAUCAGCAGAAGAGGCGCGAAAGUUGAUGGAGCAGUUUGAAGAAAACCGGUUGAGUAAGCCUUCAGAUGAUAUAAGAGCUACAUUUAUGGCUGAUCUGAAUCUUGCCAUGACCGAUCCUGAAGGAGCGAGCGUUGAGAGCUUGUCCGACAAGUUCGAGGAUAUUGCUUUGUUCCAAGAAUUUACAAAUGGAGGAAAUUCGAGUGAGGAUGAACCCAUGGAGUCGGAUGACAAUGCAUGGGAUACGUUGUGA